AGGUAGCUCGCAUUUCCCGGAGAGCGGCGGCGCCCGCAGCACCUGUCGCCCGGUGCGCGGGCCGGGAGGACGGCGGGGGACAUGGCCUAGUGGAGUCCCCUGGGGAGACCGUGCGGAGUUCAGUCCCGGGCAGGGCAGGGCGAGGGAGGGAAGGUCCUUCCCCGGGGUCCGCGCGGCCUGCGGCAGCAUGAAAAAGAACCAGACGGUGCAGGGCACCUUCAGCAAACUCUUCGGGAAGAAGCACGCCAAUCCCGCCGCCACCUCCCUCUAUGCCACCAACCCCCCGUGGAUUUUCACUCAAGAAGCCCGGGAGGAGGGGACCAGAGAUUUUGAUGGGAUCUAUUAUGGAGACAAUCGGUUCCACACAGUGAGCGAGUCGGGGACAGCCACAUUGAAAGCUCGGCCAAGAGUCCGGCCCCUGCUGACCUUCCUCCCACUGAACGCCCAGGAGAGCCAUGGGCUGGCUGUGCCCACCCCUUCUGUCCCAGAAGACUUUGCAGACAAAGAAGUGACUGGUAUCAGCUCACUAGUCAACGGCAACCUCCGACUGUACAGCUCUGUGGGUGACCUGAGGCCUGAGCACUAUGGCCUGGAUCCACUCAUCCCCCCACCUCCCCCAGGCCCGGCCCCAGGACCACCCCAGGACAUUUCACAGCCUCCAAUGGAGGCCCCACCACUGCCUCCACCUUUCGCAGCUCCCCUACCACCUCCCCUGCUGCCGGAAUCCCCACCCCCACCCCCACCCAGCACGGCCCCACCUCCACCUCCAAUACUGGACACCCUAUCCCCGCCAGCCGCUCUUUCUCCCCCAUCCACUCCCACCCCUCCUGACUUCAUUCCCCCUGCCCCGCCCUUGGCCUUUCUAGCCCCUCCACCACCCUCUUUGCCAGCUCCAGCACCCCCAGCUCCAGUGUCUCCUCAUGCAAUGGGGACUCGUCUCUUUGCCCCUGGGGGUGUCACCAAGUGGAAAUCAGAGGUAGCACUGAAUGGCAGGCAGUCAGAGGACCCCAGAACCAGUCCCCCCAGGAGCCCUGCUGAGCUAAAGGGGAGCUCCCUGGGACCUAACCCAGAGCCCCACCUCACCUUCCCCCGUUCAUUCAAGGUGCCUCCCCCAACCCCAGUCAGGACCUCAUCUAUCCCAGUUCAGGAAGCACAAGGGGCUCCCCCAGAGGAAGAGGGGGCUACCAAGAAAGCCCCCAGCCGCUUUCCACUGCCUCCUAGCUUCCACAUUCGCCCUGCAUCCCAGGUCUACCCAGACAGAGUCCCCAAGCCAGACCACCCUGGGGAGCUCAGGGCAGAGGCACCAGCACAGGACAGCUCAAGGCUCAGCCAGCCCACAACAAAGGAGCAAGCAGGAACUCCACCCCCAGCCCCUCCCCUGCCCCCUCCUGCACCCCCACUCCCUCCCCCUGCACCUCCCCUUCCUCCAGCUGCUUCUUUGCCUUCUGCUGAGCUGGCAGCCCCUCCACCUGCCAGGUUUACCAAAAGCCCUAAAUCCAGCUCGCCUGCUCUCAAACCCAAGCCCAGACCUCCCAGCCCGCAGGACCCCUCCUCUUCAGAACCUGUGGACUGGCGGGAUCCCAGCCAGAUGGAAAAGCUGCGAAGUGAACUGGCAGCCUACCUCUGUGGCUCCAGGAGGGAGGACCGAUCCGUGAGUCACAGGUCAGGCCCCAUGGUGGCCUCUCAGGAUAAAGAGAGCAAGAAGGUCCUCAGUCAGCUAGACGAAGCAGCCCCCACAAGCCUGCCAGAGAAGAUCCCCCCAGGUGUUUCUGAGAAGAGUCCCUGCAACAGCAGCGUGCCCCUGCCCCCAGUGGACUACGUCCCCCAAGAUGCACCAACCCCCAGUGUUCGGCAAAUCCGGAAUGAGCUGGAGGCUCGGCUGUCCUCAUCAGCAGACAAGGAGGCCAAACCCAGCAUCGGGUCUCUACCACCUAAACCUCGGCUAGAAGGGGGAAGAAUCUUUGAAAAUGGAACUGAUAAUGGCAAAUUCUCCAAGCCUGUACCCAAGAAUCCGCCAGCUCUGUCCACUGCACCUCAUCCAACCACACCACUCCAAUCCAAGGACACACCUUCACCGGCCAUACCACCCAAGGCCACACCACCCAAGGCCACACCUGGGCCGGCCACACCACCCAAGGCCACACCUGGACUGACCACACUUGAGCUAGCCACACCACCCAAGGCCAUACCUGGGCGGGUCAUACCACCCAAGGCCAUACCUGGGCUGAACACACCUGAGGCAGCCAUGCCACCCAAGGCCACAUCUGAGCCGGCCACACCACCUAAGGCCACACCUGGGCCGGCCACACCACCCAAGGCCACACCUGGACUGACCACACUUGAGCCAGCCACACCACCCAAGGCCACACCUGGGCGGGCCAUAUCAUCCACAGUCACAACUCUGCCCAUUACGUCAUCCCAACUGAUGGCAGAAAAGGACCUCAUCCCUGUAGGGCAGCAGGAGAAAACAGAAUCUCAAGAAAGUACAGUAUCCUCCCAGCCAGGAGCCAAAGAACCCACAUCAGAAGUCAAUAGCCUGCCCACACCAGAUGCUCUCUCUUCUCCAGCUCUCCUAUCAAAGAUGUCCCCUAGCCCAGAAGAUGUGCCAUUUCUCUACAAGCCCCACGGUAGCCAAAACAGCCCCAGCAGAGAGGUUGCUGUGGUGAUGCCUACGCUGGCCAGAGGAGAGGCUGCAGAGUCAGCUGGGCCUGUGGACGAAAAGGAGCCCCAGGGCCUGCCAGUCAAACCCCCUGCCCCAGCCCACCCUGCUGACCAACUCCUCAGACACCCAGUGACCGGGGAGGUGGUGGAACAGGGCUCCCCCAUGGCCCUGCUCUUGGCAGCUAGGCAGAGAGCACAGAAGGGGAGGCCUGGAGGAGCAGCCCUGGGGCGGUCCUCCCUACCAGGGAGUCUCCGCGGCCACAGGAGCCAUCCUGAGGCUAGCUCCGACAGCAUUUUCUACAGCGAUAGCCGACCCAACUCCUUCACUGUGGUUCCCAAAUUACCCAAGGAGGCUGAGAAGGACUCCCAGCUGACCUCGACCGCGCGGCCCACGGUAUCCAGUCAGUGGAGGCCUCAGCGGGGAAGAGACCCAGAGGUCACAGAGCCAAUCCAUCGUCCCCUGUGGACAAAGGCAGAGCCCCCAGUCGCUGUGGCCUGGGAAAGAUCAGCUCCCUCCAACCUCUCCCUUAACCGCCUGCUGCCCAAGUCCUCCUCCUCUCCAUCCUCUCCUUCCUACAAGAGGGAGGAGGAGGAGGAGGAGAAGGAAUUCAGCUUUGAGGUCAUCCCACCGCCGCCAGAGUUCAGCAAUGACCCUGAGCCCCCCACCCCUGCCCCGGCCCUCCAGUAUGCGGGCCGCCGGGCGACCCCGGCCCGGAACAACUUUAAAGACUUGGGGCAGCCCCUGGACGCGGCCCCUGCGGCCGCGCCGGCUCGCGGCUUCUCGCGCUUUCCCAGUGCGCUCUACUCCGGCGCCGGGGGCCUGGAGCGCUUCUCCGGCGGAGGCCGUUCGCUCAUCAAGAAGCGCCUGUACGUCGGGGAGCCCCACCGCAACCCCGGGCUGCCCCGUGGGGCCACCGGCCGCAGCCUAAGCUCCCCCAACUGCUUCGGACCGCAGCCCGGAGGACCCUUCGGGGCGCAGGGAGGCCCCGAGAUGCGGCGCGUCAAUUCCGCGGGCCGCGCGCCCCCCGGCGGCCUGCACGCGCGCAGGCUGUCCCUGGAGGGCGCCGCCCGGGGCGCGGGGGAGGCCAAGUACAAAGCGCCGGGUGGCGGCGGCAGUGGCGGCGGCACGGACUACGGCUUCGUCCCUGCCACCGGCAGGUCUUCUCACAACACCCCCCAUUAUGGAAGCCCCAUCAAUACCUUCACCGUGAGGCCUGGGACCCGUCAUCCCAUCUCCUAUGCCUACUCAGGAGCCCACCGGAAAGCCACAUCCUGAGUCCCGGGGUUCUUUCAGCUCUACUUCAAGGGGUUGGAUCUGGGCACUUGUUUCUGUGGGAGGUGGGAGGGUCGCAGCAGGUGUUAGCCUGACUCAGACAUGGAGGAGUCUUUGCUCCCUGAGGACCCACGGACAAAUGAGUGAGAAGUGUGGCCUAGGGAAUACUGAGUGGGCUUCUGUUUUCCCAGAUCACCAGAGCUGCUACGGACUGUUUGGCAUGGGGGGUGGGAGGGGCAGAGGAAGGAGAGGAGGAACCAUUCAGGGCCUGGGCCCUGAAUUUCCGUUAGCUGGUAUUAUCUGCUUUAGCAAGAUUUAUUUAAAGCAGUUUUACAAGCAUGGCCUACAGAACAGGUUCUAGAAGCAAGGGUUGGGAACUUAUUCUCAGUUGAAACCAUGGGAUCCUCACAAAGGGCUAAAGUCCAUCCCUGUCUGGGUGGGUGUAGGUCACAAUAGGUAGAUAUCUUUAGCCUCCACUUGUUGCCACCAAGAGGUGAUACCUGGGGUUCCUAGCUGCACUGAGGCAAACCAAUACUAUGCAUGCAUAAUAUAUGGAGAAGGUACUGGAAUAGAAGCCCUUUGCAUUGACCAAAUCCAGACAGUUAGAUUUCUCCUUGGCUCUGGCCCUUAGCUACAGGGAGACCUACAGAGAAGAGAUUUGGCAGCUGACAGGAUCAAGGCUUAUUUUUUUUUUAAACUCAGACCCGUGUAGCCCUGAUUUGGGGGAUUGGGCCCAGGAGCUAUAAAGUCCAGGGCUUGACACCAGAGGUCCUACUUGGCCCUGUCUCAUAUGGGAUUUGAAGGGGGCAUUCUUUCUAACCCCAAUACUAUAAAUCACCAAUAUUACUGAGGCCUUAAAGUGUGUAGCUAAGACGCCUCAGAGAGUAGGACACAGCAGAGAUGAGAACAGAGGCCCGAGAAAAGCACUGAUGGGGAAAUGUGUUUUAGAAAAUUAAGAGUGGUAGGAUUGGGCCAGUCCAGAGCGGGUGAAACUAUCAGUAGGGUAAUAAUUUGUCCUUUGCCUGGGCAGUCCAGGUUUAUGCCUGUUUCCCAGUGAAUUAGACCCCCUUGUAUUUAAAAAAAAAAAAAGAAAGAAAGAAAAGAAAAAAAUUCCUGUCUUCAGGUCAAGGUCAGCUGGAUACUCAGGAC